AUGGCGUCUACAAUAAUCGCACAGAGCAGCACAGGCGGCCCCGUCGAUCCGGCAUCGGCAGCUAACGGCAGCGCCAGCAGCAGCAACACUCUGCCAGCAAUAUCGGCAACAGUCGCCUCGGCAGCUGCCGAUCUGCAUAACACGCAUCUCAAUCAGCUGAGCAGCCUCAGUCAGCACUAUACGACGCCCUACCAUCAUCAUCACUACCAGCAACAGCAGCAGCAGCAUCAGCAUCAGCAGCAGCAACAUCUACAGCAGCAACAUCAGCAACACUACCAGCAGCAGCAGCAGCAGCAGCAGUCGCAGGCGGAGCAACAUCCUCAGCAUUGGGAUUACUAUGCGCGACAGCAACCAGCCGCGCCCGCCAUCAAUAGCAACAACAGCAACAGCAGCGGCAACAACAACAGCAGCAACAACAACAACAGCGGCAACGCCAACGGCAGCAACAGUGACAACAACAACAGCAACAAUACAAAUGUUGCAGCACCUUUGGGCAGCAGCAGCAGCAAUGCUAAUGGUCCUGCUGCCAGUGGCAACAAUGGCCACGGACAUAGUGAUGCCAAUAAUCCCGUUGCUGCUGCCGCCGCCGCCGCCGUCGCAGCAGCAGUAGGCGCCAACGGCAACAACGCCAACGCCAACUCGAACUCAAACUCAAACUCGAACGGCAGCUAUACACGUCCCUGGGAAAUGGAGUCCAAGGACAGCGUGCCGCCCCAGAGCCAGCCACAGACGCAGCCGAAGAGCGGCUUUGAGCCCUUCUCAAAGCUGCCCUCAUUCCAGAGUCAAUUUCAUGGCUACAACGAUCAGCUGAUGCCCGAUGGCACGCCUAUGCCCAUGCCCAUGCCGAUAACAGCAGCCGCCGCGGCAGCAGCAGCUGCCGCCGCAGCCGCUGGAGCUGCCACUGCCAGUGGCACGGCCGGAAUGAGCUCGCUCCAAACGGUUGCCAUGUCGCCGGCCAGCAUCUCGGUCAGUUCGCCCGGAAUGAUGAGCGUGGGCUCGCCGCUGACCCAGCUGCCAGGCAUGCAGACUAGCAUAACGCCGCCCUCGGGCAGCUUUACUCCGUUGGGCGCACCGCCGCCCCCGCCGAAUGCAUUUCAUCACAUGCAUUCACAUCAUCGGGUGGCCGGAGCCGGAGCCGGCGCGUACCCGCUGAUGCCGGCGGCUACAGCCGCAUUUGGCGACCUGCAGCUGUAUCAGCCGCUGGCGCCGGGCUUUGCGCCGCUGAUCAAGAAGGAGCCGGGGGACGCGGCUGGCGCCGACUACGACAUGCUAACGGGCAGCAUGCUGCUCAAGAAGGAGGACUUUGAUCUCAGCAACAGCAACACGCAUCUGUCGCAGCAGCAGCAGCAGCAGCAACAGCAGCAGCUGCAUCUGCAGCAGCAGCAACAUGGGCACACACAUCCCGGCCUGGGCGUGGCUGUGGGCAUGCAUACGCCCACAUCGUACGACGGCAACAACAGCAACAGCUAUCCACAUGCCGCCAGCAGCAGCGGCAGCCACACGCCGCACACGACGCAGCCGCUGACGCCGACGCCGACAACAACGACGCCCCUCAAGGUGGAGAAGCUACUGCAGUCGCCCAUAGCGCGGCUGGAUGCGCGCAAGAAAGAGCGCCGGAAACAGCGGCCCAAUUCGCUCGAGUCCAGCGCCGAGAGUGAGGCCAGCGGCAUGGACGUGGAUCCCAGCGGCGGCAAUCCCGGACAGGUGGAUGCCGUUUCCAGCACGGCCAACUUCAAGAGCCCGCUGAGCGCCCUCGGCAUGGGCGACAGCAGCGAUGCGAACGCCAAUGGAUGCGACAAGCAGUCGAAAAAGAAGAGGAAGCGCUGCGGCGAAUGCGUCGGCUGCCAGCGCAAGGAUAACUGCGGCGAAUGCGCCCCCUGCCGCAACGACAAGAGCCAUCAGAUCUGCAAGCAGCGACGCUGCGAGAAGCUCACCGAGAAAAAGGAACCCAAAGCCAAGCCCAUCGUUUACGGCGCCGACGGCCAACCUGUUCGUGCAGACGCCAAGCGCGGACGCGGCAAGGGCAAGUCAACUGGCGCCAAUGCCACCGUCGUCAAUGCCACAGCUGUGGCCGCUGGCAAUGGAACACCAACAACUGGGCAAUCACGCGCCCGUAAAACCUCCACCAAAGCAAACAAACUGAAUGCAGCCGCUGGUGCCAUUGCAGCCGCAUCAGCAGCAUCGCCACGUCUAAGUCCAACGCCAGCAGCAACACUGUUGCCGCAGCAAUCGCCAAAUACUACAACAGCAACAGUUGCCGCAGCGGGCAGUUUGCAGCAGCAGCAGCAGUAUCAGCAACAACAGCUGCAGCAGCAAUUGUUGACACACCAGCAGCAGCAGCAGCAACAACAGCAGCAGCACUAUCAGCAGCAGCAGCAACAGCCGCAGCAGCAUUUCCAGCAACAGCAACAUUUGCAGCAGCAGCAGCAAACGCAACAUCAUCAGCAGCAGCAGCAGCAGCACGCACAGCAGCAGCAACAACAGCAACAUUUGCAUCAGCAGCAGCAUCAAAUAACCGCACAAAUUCAAACCAUGAAGGAUCAACCGCAACAACCUAUGGCACCUAUGGCCUUCUAUCCGACAUGGCAGGCGGAUCCAUCGCAGGGCUGGCAGAACCAGUUCAUACAGCAAAUACCACAGAAUACUCCAGCCAUCACAUCACUCAACUCCUUGGAUUUCCAGACACAGUCCUACGCCUAUCCAUCAAAUGGCUACGUGCAGACAGGUCUCGGCUUCGAUCCCAACUACGGCCGUUCGCCAUAUGGGGCGCCCGUGCAGCGCUACGACUUCCAGAGCCAGCAGCUCUCCAGUGCGCCCAUUAAUCAGGUGGGACUGCAGAGCGUGGCCGCCGGCUUUCCGCCUGGCGGUGUUAGCUAUGCCGGGCAAGUGUCGACGGCGCCGGCGCCACCAGCCGUUGGCCUGCAGCAGCAACAGCAGCCGCAACAACAGCAUCUUGGCGGGGAUCUGAGCAAGAGCAUGUCGGGAAACGACACGCCUGGAUAUCCGCGGGUGAGCAGCGUGCCGCCGCGCUCACUCAACUGUAACGGGUAUCCAGGCGACUACAGCGGUUCCAGCAACAGCAACAACAGACACAACAGCAACAGCAACCACAACAGCAACAACAAAACGACAACUGCAGCGCCCAGCGUCGCAACCGCGCCCACAGCGACUGGCCCUGGUAACACGGUUGUGGCCCAGCCAGCCAGCUCACCUAUGCAGUCACAGGCCCAGACGGUGCCUCCAUCACCCACGCGCAGCCUCAUCCAGCAGCAGCAGCAGCAGCAACAACAGCAACAGCAGCAGCCACGCCUCGUCUCACAGUCGCCCAACCAGGUGCCGCCAUCUCCGAAUGGCAACGGACUGCAGCCCUAUGGCAGCAGCCAGCAGCAGCAGCAGCAGCUGACGAACGAUGGCUACCCGGCGCAGGGUCAGGGCGAACGCUUGCAUCUGAACACGCGCAUCAAGUCCAUGAUCAUGCGCAAGAGCGAUUCCAAGGAUGCGCCGCCCGACAUUCAGCUGCAGGGCCAGACAACAGCCCCAGGUGCCGCCCAACAGCAGCAGCAGCAGCAACAACAGCAGACCGGUCAUUUUUUAUCGUAUAGCCACCAUCUCCGCCCCGAGACGGCGCUGAGCGCCAACGGCUCGAGCAGCGUCGCACCACCGCUGGCCGUUGCCGAGCCCAUCGGAGGUGGUGGCGAUCAAAUCUGGAAGCCGCACCACGCCAACUCGUUUAAGAAGCCCAGCGUGGGCAGCGGCUAUGCCGGCACGGACCAUCAGCUGCAGCUGCAACUGCAGCAACACCAGCCAGGACAACACACAACCAUUAGCCAUGCGGAGGUGCCGCCACAGCCUGCCAUGCCCAUUCAGCCGCCGGUACAGCCACAGCCCAAGAAAUCGCGAAGUCGCAGCAAGGCGAGCCGUGCCGCUGCAGCCGCCGCGGAGGCUGCCGCCGCCGAAAUUGAACGGGAUCGCAAUGCCAACGAUCCGGGUGGCGGAGGACUCAAGGCCUUGGGCGCACACUAUCCGCCACCGCCGGGCAGCGGUCAGGACUAUCACGGGCAAUAUAUCAAGACGGAGCCGGGUCUGUUGCCGCCACCGCCGGGCGGGCAACCAAACAAAAUGGAGGGCUACGAGCGCAACUACCAGAACUUCAUUCAAUAUGCCGACUUCUGCCAAAACGAUGGCCAGGGUCAGCCGGUGCAGCAGCACCAGCAGGACUAUGCCGGCUACCAUCACAACUCGGCGUAUUAUGGCGCCGGCGCCGGCAGCUUCCAGCAGAACUUCCAGCAGAGCUUCGUGCCCGGAUAUCAGGCGGCCGCGGCCUAUGGCAGCCGUGGUAAGCCGCCCUCGAAUGCCGCCCACCACGGGCCACAUGGCCAUGGGCACGGCAACAGCAUGCUGGAGCUGGACCGCAAGCCGGACACCAACAGCAUCAUACCACUGCCUACAAACUAUGAGAAGGAUAUACCGGCGCACGCGUAUCCCAUUCCGGCGCAUCGCUAUGCGCUCGGACACGGAGCACCGCCGCCGCCGCACCUCGGCCACCACGGCAUGCUGGAGCCCAAGCUGGAGGACAUGGGCAUGCUGGGACAUGGCCACGGACAUGGCUAUGCCUAUCUAGGUGAGGGUAAGCCGCUAAACAACGGCUUCUCGUGCUGUCGUCAGGGCGGCACCAGGCCACCCACUGCGGAGCAUCUCAAGGACGGAACCUGCCUGGGCUUGGGCAUCCAGCCCAAGGAGGAGCUGCUGGACGAGGACGAGCUGGCCGAGGCGCACAAUGGUGUGAAGGCCAAGUCCAAAAAGCAGAAACAGGAUGAGAUACCCGAAAUAAUUGUCAAGCACGAGAAAAUCAAUCCCAUGUUUGAUACGACGGAUCGCCUGGAAAAGGGCAACAAGACGGAAAUACCUGAAUGCGAGUGCUUUCAGUCCGACAAGAAUCCACCAGAACCGGGCACCUACUACACGCAUCUGGGCACCGCAUCCACGCUGAUGGAGCUGCGACGCGAGUUCGAGGAUCGUUGCCAGCUGACGGGCCGUCAGUUGCGCAUCGAGAAGAUCGUCUACACGGGCAAGGAAGGCAAAACCUCGCAGGGUUGCCCGGUGGCCAAGUGGGUGAUCAGGCGUGCCGAUCCCGAGGAGAAGAUACUUGUUGUUGUGAAGAAACGUCCGGGUCACAGGUGCAUUGCCGCGUACAUCGUGGUGUGCAUGGUGGCCUGGGAUGGCAUGCCGCGCCUGGAGGCAGACAAUGCCUAUAAGAAUUUGAUACCCAAGCUCAAUAAGUACGGACUACCCACCACGCGCCGUUGCGCCACCAACGAGAAUCGCACCUGUGCCUGCCAAGGACUGGAUCCGGAGUCGUCAGGCGCCUCGUACAGCUUUGGCUGCAGCUGGUCCAUGUACUAUAAUGGCUGCAAAUACGCGCGCUCCAAGACCGUGCGCAAGUUUCGGCUGUCGGUGAAGAGCGAGGAGGCAGCGAUUGAGGAUCACAUGAAUCUGAUUGCCACGCUGCUGGCGCCGGUCUUUAAGCAGGUGUGCCCGCGCUCCUAUGACAAUCAAACCAAGUACGAGCACGAGGCAUCCGACUGCCGGCUCGGCCUGGAGCCGGGCAAGCCCUUCUCGGGCGUGACCGCCUGUCUAGACUUUUGUGCGCACUCGCAUCGCGAUCUGCACAACAUGCAGGAUGGCUGCACGGUGCACGUGGCACUGCUGAAGCCCACCAAUCGCGAUAGCCGCUUGCCCGACGACGAGCAGUUCCACGUCCUGCCGCUCUACACAAUGGACGGCACGGACGAGUUCGAGAGCGUCGAGGGGCAGCGUGAUAAGCAUCGCACCGGAGCUGUGCAAAUGCUGGACAAAUUUCCCUGCGAAGUACGAGUACGCUCCACGCCGCUGAUACCCUGUCGUCGGCACGGCAAGAAGCGCAAAGAGGACGAGCCGGCGACGCCAGAUGGCGAACAGGACGCCGCCGCCGAUGGCAGCAGUCAGAGCUCCAGCAACGGCACCCAGUCCCAGUCGCAGCUGGCCCAGUCCCAGCAGAGCAGUCCGCCCGCUCUGGCCGCAGCGCACAUCAAAAAGGAGAACGGCGCCAGCAACAGCGGCGGCAGCAAAUCAAAGUCGAAGGCCAAGUCGAAUAACUCCAGCGCAUCCACGCCCGGGUCGGCGCCGCCGACGACUCCCUCGCCGCGCUGCCAGACGCCAGUGACGAACAAUCCCAGUCCGGCGGGCAGCGCGUUCAGCACGCCCCCGGUCAAUCAGCACGGCGCCAAUCCGAAUGCCAACAACAGCAACUCCGCAGCUGGCGCUGUGCCCGGUCCACCUGGCGCCCAGCCCAAUCAGCUGAUGAGCUCGAACUCGAGCCUUAUGAACAUGGCCACCAUGAUUGACACGUUUACGGACGCCCAGCUGCAGUCCAACCAGAUCUCGAGCACCGUACUGGACUCGCCCUACUCCUAUGACUACCAGACGGGCUCCUAUAUUGACUCGCGCAACUACUACGGCAACUGGCCGCCUCAUGCCAUGGGCAUGGCACCCGGCAGUGCUGCACUGACGCCCACGACGCCCACAGCGCCGCUGGUGCAGCAUACGCACGCGGUGACCCCGCCAACAGCGGCUGCUGCUGCGACAGCGACAACAGCAGCAACAGUUGCGCCAGCAGCAACAGCUACAGCUCUGCCACCUGUCACGCCUGCUACAGUAACGCCUACGCCUGCGCAGCACGAUGCCAGUAAUGGCUACACGCCCAGCUACAACAAUCUGACGUCGCCACAGCAACAACAGCAGCAGCAGCAACAACAACAUCAGCAGCAGCAGCAGCAGCAGCAGCAGGGUGGUGUCGAUAUAUCAACAGUUGUUGGUGGUGAGCUAAAGAGUCGCGUCAGCGAGGAGAAUCCCGACUCGACAACGCUGGUCAAUCACUCACUGGUCGAGAGUAAGUUAACCGCCUUGACAGCCAUGCAACCCAUGACUAAUCUAGCACCACCACUUCACCACCACCACCACCAUCAUCCGCAUACGCCAGAGGGCUUCGUCAAGCCGAAGCCGCCGCCGAGCGAUUACCAGUACUCGCAAUACCCGAAUAACUAUCAGAUGUACCCGCCGCCUCCGCCGCCGCCGCACUCGGCCUAUUCCGCGUACGAUGCCUACCAGAACAUGAACUAUAAUUAUGGGUAUCAUCAUCAGGCAUACUCACCGUACGGCAUGUAUCCGCAGCAGACGCCCCCGCCGACGCCGCCGUCGCCCAACUGGAAUGUUUACGGACAUCAUCAGGGCUCUGGCGGCUAUGGGCCCUCGGGCGGAGGAGCUGGUGGCGCACUGUUGGCCACGCAUGGUCCUGUGCCAUCAGGAGCGACUCUGGUGAAGCCCACGUUGCCAACAGCAGUGGCUCCACUGCAGCAGCAGCAGCAGCAACAACAACAGCAACUGCAACAGCCUCAACAGCAACAGCAACAGCAGCAGCAACAGUUGCCGGCGACACCGCCCCAAACUGUUUUGCCCGAUUUGAGCAACGGCCAACUGUCUGUUAAUAGCGUGGAGCCCAUUGCCACGCCCACAGCAGCGCCUACGGCUGAAGUGCCGCCCAUUGGCAAUAACAGCAACAACAGCAACAGCAGCAACAGCAAUGAUGCCAACGGCAACACAUCUGCAGCCGGCAACGGCAACUCGACGACAACAGUCGCGCCGGCCAGCACCAAUUCGAGCAAAAUCGAGCCCAUUGGCGAGGUGGCCGAGAUUAAUGAGAACAUUGAAGCGUUCCAGGAUCCGCAAAUGGGCGGCGUUGCCAUUGCGCUGAAUCAUGGCAGCGUGUUGAUCGAGUGCGCCAAGCACGAGAUGCAUGCAACAACAGCUGUGCGGCGACCGGAUCGCCAUGAGCCGACGCGCAUGACUCUGAUCUUCUACCAGCAUCGCAACUUGAAUCGGGCCAGGCACGGCAUCGACGAGUGGGAGGAGAAGAUGCGCGUGAAGAAGAUCAACACGGACCUCGACAACAAAGCCAAAGAGGAGCGCGAGCGCUUGCUGAAAAAGGCCGCGGGCGAGGAUGACGAGGACGAGGAUAUGCACGAUGAACAAAUGGCGGCAACGGUGCCGCCGCCGCUGCCCAGCAUUAAGAAGGAAUCCAAUGGCAGUGGCGGGGCCGUCAAGAAUGGCGCCAGUGGCAGCAAGAAGAAGAAGACCGAUGCCAGCAAGAAGUCGCAGUCGAACAAUAACAACAACAAUAGUAACAAUAACAACAACAACAGCGAGCAGCCAAAAAACGAGAAAGUUGCCCUCCACGCACCAACACUAACAACAACGUCGUGGACGACCCUGUUUCCUAUGCACCCAUGUGUGGUUACGGGGCCCUAUCAGGAGGGCAAUAGCAGUCCAACCUCGUCCACGAAUGGCAGCGCCAACGCCAACGCGAAUGGCAACACCAACGCGAAUGGCAACACUGGCAACGCCAAUGGCCCAACAGCCCAGCAGUCGGCAGCGGUGGGCGUGCCGCCGCCGCAGCAGCCGUCGCAGCAGCCGCCGCAGCCAGCGCAGCAAACCUGAGCGCCUACCAGCGCCAGAUGGGGGGCAGCUACUACUACUGGCAGUAGCGGUAACAGUAACAGUAACAGUAACAGUAGCAGUAACAGUUACAGUAGCAGUAGUUGCAGUCGCAAUCGCUUGGAUCUAUCGCCGUUUAGCUCUAAGCUUAUGCCACAAUCGACUGAAAUAUUCUCACAGCAAUUUAUUUUUGUAAACGCGUCCUGAUUUCGUGUGCCAUACGAGGGUAGGAGGCGGGCAGCAGGUGGCAGGGUGUCCCAGCCAGGCACCAUUCCAGCAUGCAGUAAAACACUACCAAAACUCCACUACACACUAACACAUACACACACACACACACACACACACACACACACACACAUGCCUAGUUUAUACACUGGAAGAACACAAAUGCAGCUAGAUACAUAUACAUAUAGAAAAACAAAAAAGAAAAAAAGGCAAACUUUAGUUUCUUAAGAGCAGCUAUAUUGUUGGCAAAUUCUGUUAAAUGAGUUACUUUUAUUUGAUGUUCUCUCUUUCUGUUAAGAAUCAAAGCACACUACAAACAGCAAACUACAGAACAAACACU